AUGGCGCCCAGGGCCCGCAACCCCGCCCCCGGAAGAACGACCGACCCCGAGUCGCAGCGAGCCCCCGGCGGCGGAGGGCGUCCGGGGCGGUGGCACACAGACCAACCCCUCAGGUGCCACUUGGGGACACAUACCGCCCCCUUGCCUGAAUGCUUGACCCGUGGUGGAAAAAGGCAGCUGCCUCAGCAGGUUGGAUGUGAAUGGACCAGGCCUGGGACAAAGCCCGCGGGCCUUGGCCGAGCACAGCCGAUAUCCUGUGUGCGGGAGCUGAGCUGGCUAAGGCCCGCACAACCCCUGCCCCGAAGAGCAAGGACCCGGGCAGCCAUGACGAGCAGUUGGUAGAGGAGUACCUGUCACCUGCCCGACUGCGCGCCCUGGCCCAGGUAGAUGACCUUCGACUGGCGGGCAUGCUGGAGAUGUGCGUCAGCACCCGUGAGAGCAGCCUGGGGAACUUCGGGGUGCACCUGCCCAACCUCAGCCAGCUGAAGCUGAACGGUAGCUGCCUGGGCUCCGUGAGAGACCUGGGCACCUCCCUGGGCCGCUUGCGGGUGCUGUGGCUGGCCCGCUGCGGCCUGACCGACCUGGAUGGCAUUGGCUGCUUCCCGGCCCUGAAGGAGCUGUACGCCUCCUACAACAACAUCUCCGACCUGAGCCCGCUGUGCCUGCUGGAGCAGCUGGAGGUCCUGGACCUGGAGGGUAACAGUGUGGAGGUCUUGGAGCAGGUGCGUUACCUGCAGCUGUGCCCGAGGCUGGCCACGCUCACCCUGGAGGGCAACCUGGUGUGCCUGCGGCCAGGGCCCAGCCCCUCCAACGAGGUGCCCCCCGGCUACAACUAUCGGGCAGAGGUGAGGAAGCUCAUCCCACAGCUGCGGGUCCUGGAUGAGGUGCCAGCCACACACACGGCCGUGCCGGCCCCCCGGGAGCUGCGCCAGGACUGGCUCAUGGUGAAGGAGGCCAUCAAGGAGGGCAGUGUCUCCGAAGGCCUGUUCCCCGGGCUGGAUCAUCCCCACGGAGCCCCCAUCCGGACACUCGGCUCCCAGCUCUCCUUGCCUGAGACCCAGCCACGGGCCCCCAGGCCACGGCCCCUCUCCCUACUGGUCACUGGGGGUCCCCUGCCGGGAGGCCUGCUUCCCAAGGACCCAGCUCCACAGGACGACACGAGUAACCUCACCCACGGUGCUAGCCGAGUCCUCUGCGGAAACCCCACCAAAGGCCUGCGGGAGCGUCGACACCAGUGCCAGGCCUGGACACCUCCGGAGCAGCUGGCCCCACAGGAGGACCUGGCUGCCAGUGCCCCCACCCCAGGGCCUGACCCUGCAGACAGCAGUGACCUCCUGGCCUUGGCUAGGCUCCAGGCCCGGAGGGAGCUGCGCCUUCGUAGGUACCUGGAGUCCCAGCAGGAAGGUGCCACAGCCCCCUGGGGCCCACGGGGGGCGCCCGAAGAACAAGAGGACGAAUCUAAGCCCAGGACUCCCUCUGGCCCCCAAUGUCUGGUCCCAGAGUCUUCUAGGACUUCAGGCUGUAACCUGAUCCCCUCUCCCCCUAAGUUCCCUUUGCCAUCUGAUUCCAGCAACACCUUCUGGGGGUCCCCACACCUGCAGUUCAGGAGGCGUAGGCUCAGAGCCCUAGGCAGCUUGAGGCCCGGCCUGGGUCAGGGGCUAGCUGCGGUGACAGCUCUAAGAGGCCUGGAGGUGGCCUCGGGGCCGAACCCUCGAGCCCAAGGAUGUCCCAGCCCAAAGCCAGCCCCGGAUCCAGCAGCCAGACCUCCCCGGCCUCCGGUGCGUGCAGCACCUGAACCCUAUCACCCCAGCCCAAUCCCACCCCUAGUGUAACCCCCCACCCGCUGCCAAGCUGGCCUGGACUGCGGG